CCAGCGGUCAACCGCAACGCAAUUUCGUGCAGAAUACGGCUACCUCAUGUUCGACAAUAAGUGUUUUGAAAAAGUAGUGAAAAUCGCGACAGCUCGAGUUCCCAUUAUGACCUUCAAUCACGUAGAAACGGGACUACUGUGUGACGUCACCUUCCUCAACAAACUCGGUCUCAAAAACAGUGAAAUGCUGAGGUUCCUCCUAUCUUUGGAUCCUCGUAUCAGGGAUCUCGCUCUGAUCGUCAAGUAUUGGGCCAAAGUUCACGAACUGGCCAGUUUGGGCAAUUACUCCAACUACGCCAUCACUUUUAUGGUCAUAUAUUACCUCCAACAACUUCCUGAACCACUCGUGCCACCCAUAUACCACCUCCAAAAACUAGCUGGCAAAAAGGAAGUGUGUGAAAACUGGGAUUGUAGUUUCUGUAGUGAUGUCAACAAGCUACCCAAAGUCACCAACACAUCUACAACCAAAGAAUUACUUUUAGGUUUCUUCGAUUAUUGGGCGUGUUUCGACUUUGAGAGGAACUUAGCGUGUACUCUGUUGGGUAGAACGUUCCAAAAAUCUGAAUUUCAAGAUUAUGAAAAUCUACCGGAUGAGUUGGAAGGAUACAAACGGCAUGCAAGAGAGGUACACGCACAGUUAGAGGCUGAUAAGCUGUUAGAGACAGCGGUAGACAAGGAGCAGAAGCUGACUUUCAACGAGAAAAGGUCGAAGUUGAGCUUCUUCGAGAAGAUCCAUGCGUUGAACUACGAUCUCCCGGAGCCGUUGUUGAAAAGAUUCCAGUGGUUGUGUGAGUAUGCACGUGACGAGGUUUUGUCGAAACAAGAAGAUGGAAAAGCGUUAUUAGAUCUGUUUUUGCCACCCAAAAACAAACCACCUGAGAUUGUGACUCAUGAAUUCACCAAUCAGAAAGAUCUCUUCAUGGAUAACUAUACCAUUCUCGGGGUGAACUUGAAAGAAGAGCGUUACAAAGAGGUGUGGUUCAUUUUGGCGAGACUUACCCUUGUUUUUGUGCUGACUCAUAUCUAUUGCCUGGAGUUUGAGAUGGACGACUCGAACGAGACGAAAGCGAUAAUGAGCAGUGAGAGGAUGGAGUUGAUUGAUAAUGUCUAUCGCACGGUUUGCAUGAAGAUGAAGGGAGCCAGUACCGUGUUCCAUAACCGAGUCCAUUCAAGGAAACGACUGCUGAUGACAAAUGAUGCCUUCAUCAACGAGUGCGUAGUAACCCGCGAGAUCAUCAUGUUUCUCCGAAACAAGGAGCGUGAAAAAGGUGAUUUCUCAGAGAAAUUACUGGGCAACUUUACGAUGAAAAUCAGAUUUUUCUGUUUCCCUGAGGAACCACGUCCUCGCCUUAUGGUACAGUUCAUUAACUGUAAAUCCCCCCACUUCAAUACGGUUUCAAACUCGCUGAAUGCUGUUCUAUUGUCCGGCUUUCAGCGCAACAUUGAAAGAUGCAUCAAAGAAAAUAAUCUGCCUGUGAAGGAGUAUUUGAGGGAUGGCGGUGGUGAUUGGUAUGACUUUGCCAACUACUUUGAGGAUUUUGUAAGGAACUGUACGGAGAAGGGGAGGGGCUUGUGUGAGGAUCCCAGGUAUGCUAUAGUCUUACAAAAAACUGAGACCAUUCAAAAUGAUAAAAAGGAGGAAGAGUCCACUUGA